UGUGGUUAAAACUCAGAGAAGAAGACAACCUACCACGCAUGCGCACUACGAAGCGAAAGCAUCAACAACGUCAACAACACAUCGUGAGCGGUGUCAAACUAACGUCAGUAACCUUCAGUGUUAGAAACGGAAUGGGAUAUAUUUUUGAAGAAUGCUGUUAGUGCCAAUAGGAGAGACUUGAAACAACUCUUUAAACAAGAAACGGAAGAAGAGAGAAGUGAAACCUUUACACUUUUUUGGACUCCAAAUAGUUGACAGACGACGCAGCUUGCUUCCUGUCGCAAUGUAAGAGCUGGUAAAGGACAGGUGAAGCACAGGUGGGAGGUAAACAACCCACAGGAGCCAGUGUGUGUGUGUGUGUGUGUGUGUUUUCUACAUGCAGGAUGUCGCUGAGUUCAGGUGGUUGGACUCAAACCCCCGGUCACACACCGGACCACCCCCCCGCCGCCUCCUCCUCUUCCUCCUCCUCCUCCUCCUCCCUCCCCUGUCACUAUGGGUGCCAGACCGUCCUCAUGUCGGUUCGGGUGUCGGUGUCCCAUUCUGGUAUUCGGCCGCUGUGCCUCCCCGGAGCGGCCGAUGAGUCACUCCGCCUGCAGCUCAGCAUGGACCAGGGGAAAUCCGGGGAAUUCCGGCUGUCGCUCCAGGACGGCAACGGGACCGGCCGGAGUGUGACCAUCGCUGAGUUUGAUUUGAGGACAGUCAAAUAUGAGGUGAAGUCACCAAAGUGCCACGAGCUGAGUUUGGUCGCGCCUCCACAUGAACGCAUCAGCUUCAACUUCCGCUGUGAGCAGGAGGCCCAGGAGUGGGCUACGGUGUUGACUUCCUCACUAAGAGAAGCACACAGAGUCGCCCCUCAGGAUAACGAUCCACAGCGCCUCCUAGAUGGUCUCCAUCGUCAGAACACCUUGGCCUUGCAACGAACAGAGGAUACCUGCAUAGAUCUGACCCGAGCCAUAGAGGCAGGAGACAUGCAGUCUGCUUCUGACUUUGCUGCCAGACUCGCCCUACAACAUGCCACACUCAAGAUUCAGCCCUCUGCCGGAGACUACGAAGACACUGAAAUCCACUUGGCUGUUGCAGUUGAGGAUUCUUCUUCGUCCUGUACCGUCACUGUGAAAGUUUCCCCGCAUAUGAACACCGCAGCACUAAAACAGCAGAUGUUUCUUGAGCAUGGCUUUCACCCGCGGGUGCAGCGCUGGGUGAUUGGCCAGUGUCUGUGCACCGACCAGCGCUCUCUGGCCUCAUAUGGGGUUCGUCAGGACGGAGACACGGCCUUCUUGUACCUCCUGUCAGCCCGUCAUGCUCGCUUGUCCCUCCAAGUCCUCCAGCAGGACCAGGAGAGUGCCCUCCUCCUCAAUCCUCCAUCCCUGUCUUUCCCCACUCCCCCCCUCGCUGCUACCUCUGCAAAUGGCCCCUCAUCCCUGGACCGGAGGCCUUACUCCACCCUGCCUCCUAGGCUCCGUACCAGCAGCAACACUGGUGGGUCAGAGAGAGCAAACAUCAACGAGAUCAGAGAUCUCAUCAACCUGGAGAUGCCUCAACUCAAUGAAGCACUGAGCCCCAACACAGCCUCCAACCAGGGUUGGUCGUGCCCUUCUUGCACUUUCAUUAACAAACCAACACGGCCGGGCUGUGAGAUCUGCAGUACAAACCGCCCGGACAGCUACGUCAUCCCUGGGGGAUACCGACCAGAUGCACUGGAACUCAGACGGAUCCAGCAGGAGAAGGAGGCUAUCAGACAGUACCAGCAGGCAAGGGAAGCGGAGCGCAGGGAGAAUUUUGCCCGGCUGGUGAUGAUUGACGGCCAGGACCUGCUGCCUAACCCAGAGCCUGUGGACUGUAGGAUCUGCUACGUUGACCUGAAGCCUGGAGAGGGGGUCCUGCUGAGGGAGUGUCUCCACUGCUUCUGCAGAGAGUGCUUACGUUCAGUCAUCAUGCUGAGUGAGGAGCCAGAGGUGGCCUGUCCAUACAGAGAUGACACAUAUUCCUGUGCCUGCUCCCUGCAGGAGAGGGAGAUCAGGGCUUUGGUUCCAGCAGAGGAGUAUGAGCGCUGGCUGCAGAGAGGUCUGUCAGUGGCAGAGUCUCGAUGUGAGGGCAGCUACCACUGUGCCACCCCAGACUGUCUGGGCUGGUGUGUGUACGAGGACACGGUCAAUGUUUUCCACUGCCCCGUCUGCAGGAAACACAACUGCCUGAUUUGCAAGGCUAUCCACGAGGGAAUGAACUGUAAGCAGUACCAGGAUGAUCUUGCAGCCCGCGCCAUAAAUGACUCUGCUGCCAGGAGGACAACACAUCUGCUCAAGACUCUUGUGCAGUCAGGUGAGGCAAUGCUCUGUCCCCAGUGUGGCAUCAUUGUGCAGAAGAGAGAUGGAUGUGAUUGGCUGCGCUGCACUGUAUGUCACACUGAGAUCUGCUGGGUAACAAGAGGACCCCGCUGGGGACCUAAGGGUCCUGGAGACACCAGCGGAGGAUGUCGCUGCAACAUCGACAAUCAGAAAUGCCAUCCUAAAUGCCAAAACUGCCACUGAGAAUCUCAAGAGCAGUCAGACUGUAGAAGGGAAUGAAAUAAUUUACAUAAAAUAAACUAUCCUCUUGAAAAAAAGAGGAUUAAGGUGAUUUUAAAAAGUAUAUUUAGGUCAAACUUGGGGAUUGUUUUAUACAAUUUAUCCUCCUUGUUAUAACUGGAAACAUUCUCAAUUUCCUCUCAGCAAAUUUCUAACCAUCACUUGUUUCCCUCGGCUUUUCAGUGCAGUCAGAAUAACAAAUUAUACGUUGACUUGAACAAGUCAGCAUUUAGUAUUUAAAUUAAAUUAUCAGUUCUGACUGUUGUGUCAAUAUGGUUGUUUACAAGUAUGCAGGGAAAUAAAUUUUACUUUACAAUGAUUGCACUGCAAAAAUCGCAAUACAGGUGUGUUGUUUUCUGUUUUUGCUAGUUACAUACCAGAUUGCAAGUGGCCUUAUUCUUGUGCACAAAAGCUGUUGCAGGAUGUUUAUGAUGAUGUUUUCUGUUGAACUUUACAAAAUCGAUGUUGUGUUCUUGAUAUGCAAUUUUCUGCAUAGAGAAAGCUCGAACAAGUGUAUGAAGUUAUAUAUGUUUGUUUUUUUCUUGUGCCUGUGUGAUAGUCUGACUGCAUGUAUACCUUACCUACCAAAGAUGUUUGAAAUGUGUCAAUGCAUUAACUCACAUGCUUCUGUAUUUGACAAGCGGAGCAGAGGUCACUGAGGUACUGCUCACCAGCUGUGUAGGAGAGUGUAUUGAUUAAUAGUCAAAUGUAAAUUUGCAAUACUUGAAUACUUUCUGUGAAGGCACAUGUAAACACAUUUUGUCUAAAAGCUAAUAUUCCUGUUAAGGAGCUCAUGAUGCAUACGGUGAUAUUAGCCUGCAUACUUAACAGCUUUUUUUGUUUUGAGAAAGCUUUGUAUCUAUUGUACCAUUUUUCUAAUUCAUCUUUGCAUGAAUUUGUUAUCCUAAUUCCUAAGUGGAAAUCAAUCAUGUACUCUGCACCACCUUAACCAGGUUAUGAACACGUAAGGCUCACCAACUGCACUCUGUUACACACAAGACUUUUCCCUCGACUACACUACUGCCCUGCACUGACAAGCCACGAAUAAGUCUUCACUGUUACUUGUGUUAGAAUAUCAGCUCUGUGUUGCUGAUGUACAGUUGUGCCUUAAUUAUCAAUAAAAACCCUUUA